UUCUCACGCUCUGACAGCUGAUGUCAACAUAGCAGAGACGGCUAAGGCUGCUGAAUUCUUCCUGGCUGAUGGGGUGAUAUUAACUGGAACAGCAACUGGAUUAGAGGCAGAUCCCAAGGAACUGAAAGAGGUUGGACAUGCUGUGAAGAUCCCGGUGCUGGUAGGAUCUGGAGUCACCUUGGGGAAUGUGAAGGACUACUUGGAUGCAAAUGGCUUGAUCGUUGGCUCACAUUUCAAGAAAGAUGGCCAUUGGACAAAGACGGUUGAUCCCGAUCGUGUGAGGAGGUUCAUGGAUCGUAUUGGGAAACUGAGGGGAUAACAUUGUGAACAUAGAUUUCAAGCACCGGAAUCCUUAUGGAAUACAAGUUGUGUCAUAUAGUGCAGGGAUUUUUAAACUCCUCAGUCUUUUACUGAUACCAAAUCAACGUUUGCAAGGUUUGCUAAACAAGCUGAUUGUCCUUUUUAUGAAGUUCAACUGAAGCAUCUUCUGCAGAGUCCACUAUAAAGGCCACACAACAGAUUUGUGUAAUGGUCUAAAAUAGCCACUAGGUGGCAUUCCGAAAAUAUUUACUGUUGCCAGAUUUUUUUGGGAUCCCAACAAUGUGCUAAAAGGACUCCUUUUGGGGUCGGGACCCACAGUUUAAGAAAGUAAAUUAAAAUGUAGUGAUAUAGUGCAGCUCUAGCACAUAUCUUACUUUGGUAUUGCCCAAAUAUUUGCUACCAGUGGCCAGGUAGAUCAAGGAAGCCUGCCUUUUGUUCAUUCCUACUUUAAAACACCAGUUCUCUUGUUGUCAGUCAGGAGGAACUUUGUACCUGAAAUAUCCCACACCCAAAGAAAAGUAUUCUUGUCAUGCUGCCUUUCUGAUGAAAUUAUCUCCAGCUUUUAAGAAAUCCCUGCCAUUAGAACCCAAGCCAUCAGCUAGUAAACAAGCUGAUGUUUUCCAAGUGUUAUAAAUGCAAUUGUAAGAAGGCAUUUAGAAGUUGCAUUAGGGAUGCUGAUAAUGACUGUUUAGGGGUGAAGACAGUUGUGAUUUUAUAGAUGCUGAAUUGCCAGAAGUCGCAGCCAUUCAUUAUUAUGAAGGUGAAGCUGUAAUGUGUCAUCACAGUCAUGCAAGUUAACAAGGAAAAGAAAGGAUUGCUUGAUUCUCUCCUUUAUACUCAUUUAAUCAAAAAUGCAAUUGUUGCUGCUGCGCUUGGAAUUGUGUCAAGGCAAAAUGGUUGAGUGAAAGCCCAGCAGCUUAAUCAGUGCAGCACUUUGUUCAUGGUUUAACUGUAACACCUGACGUAGACCUCAAAGUGUAUUGAUAACUCCCACCUGGAUGUGUGAACUGCCUUUAGUGAAAAAUCAAGUGUUCAGAAGUGUUUUGUCAUAAUACAUAAGCUCUCAUGCACAGGUCUGCUGUUAAGGCAGUCAGUGAAUUAGAUAUACAAAUGUAUACGAUUGCCAAGAUACUUAAUCCAAGUCCUAGGAAUACAGGAAUUUCCACAGUUAAAGCAGGAAUAGUGCCUUAUUGGGUUAAGGGAAGUUGGGGGGGGGUACUGAAUUUUUUGCCCCAAUGUAGUCACUUUUAAAAAAAGGGUGAAAGACUGCCUCAGGUGAGAAGUCAUAUGGCAAAACAAAAUCACAAUUGGGGAGGCAGUAGGGGGAAAAAAGAUGACCACAUAAUUAUCAGUGGAAAUGACUACAUCAUUAUCAGUGGAUAGACUCAAAUUAAGGAAGCCAUUGAAGUAAGUCUACAAGACCUGCCAAUAACAGAUUGUCUUAGAAGUCUGUUAUUCAUACAACUGCCAAAAGUCAAAGCUGAUUUUUAUCAGUCAUCAGGGUCCUCAGGCUGCACUGCCCCACUCCUGUUUUGGAAUUAUGUAUCCAAAUUUAUAUAUUUACAUUUAUAUCUUGUUUCACCUUAAUUUCAGCAAAAUCACUCUUGCAUGCGGACCUUAAUUUCAGCAAAAUCACUCUUGCAUGCGGUACAUUUAAGCCAGCCACUAGAACACAUGUAAGAACAUAUGAACAGAAAUUUAGCACAUACUAUAUAUCUUCUCAAACAAAUUUACAGUUAUUCAGAAUUGUUUCUGUUGGCUAAUUAUUUGCAUUAUGCACUAAUUCUGGAACAAAAUUUUGUGUGUCUAUGAAGUACAUAGAAUAAAUAUCCUCUAGAAUCAGGA